AUGUCCGAAAAUCCACUUUCGUCGCAAGAUGAAAAGCAUCAAAAGGGCACGCUUGGUAACAUCCCGGCUAAAGAAAUAGAACUACGCGUGUCUGAUAACAAUUUUAACAUUUCGAUGGGGGUGCAGAAUGUUGAAAUUGAUAAUGUGAAACCGGAAAUGUUGCAAGCUCAUUUAAUGCUUUUAACUAAAUUUAAAGCAUUGGAACAAGCAGAUGAACAGAUUGAU